CUUGUCUCAAGAUUCCACCAACCCUAAGUCCCUUUGCUUCCCAUCGAAGAUAUUCUAUCUUAAACUGAGAGAACGUUCUUUGCUUCUUCUAACAUUUCCAAACCUUUAACCCCAACUUCAUAGCCGCUGCAUUACCUAUAUAUGACUCUUCACUCGCAUGUCAAUGAUCCUUCAAGAAGGCACGUUGAUCUCAGCAUAAUUGAAAAUGGCGACGAUGAAGUAUCCUCGCUCGUUUCUUGUCAUCGUAUCGGUGUUGAAUUUGGUUCGUGUUUCAUUUUCUUCCGUUGUGUCGACCGGGAACUUCAAUAAAGACUUCUUCGUGAUGUGGUCGCCGGACCAUGUGAAUACUUCGGCAGACGGUCGGACUAGAAGCAUGGUUCUCGACCAGGAAUCAGGGGCUGGUUUUUCUUCCAAUGACAUGUUCUUGUUCGGGCAAAUCGACAUGAAAAUAAAGCUAAUUUCGGGUCAUUCGGCCGGCACAGUCGUGGCCUUCUAUCUGACAUCCGAUCAGCCGAACCGGGACGAGAUAGACUUCGAGUUCCUCGGCAAUGUGUCUGGGCAGCCUUACAUACUUCAAACCAAUGUAUACGCCGACGGGUUCGACAACCGCGAGGAGCGGAUUUACCUUUGGUUCGAUCCGACUCAGGAUUUCCACAGCUACUCCAUCUUGUGGAACCUCCACCAGAUUGUCUUCUUUGUGGAUUCAAUCCCGAUUCGGACGUACCGAAAUCACGCGGACAAGGGGGUGGCGUUCCCUAGGUGGCAACCGAUGGGCGUCAAAGCCACCCUAUGGAACGGCGACAGCUGGGCGACACGGGGCGGGCAUGACAAGAUCGACUGGUCGAAGGGCCCCUUCGUGGCCUCCUUCGGGGACUACAAGAUGGACGCCUGCGUCUGGAAGGGCAACCCGAGGUUUUGCAGGGCGGAGAGCCCUACAAACUGGUGGAACAAUGAAGAUUUCAGCUCUUUAACAUCGACACAGAGGAGGUGGUUCAAAUGGGUCAGGAGAUAUCACAUGAUAUAUGACUAUUGCCAGGACAAUGCAAGGUUCCAAGAUAGCCUGCCCAAGGAGUGCUCUCUUCCCAAAUACUGAACUAGCUGAUCCAUAAGACAUCAUCUCCAAUUCUUUCAUCUCAUCUUCUUCUUUCCAUCCACAUUUGAUUUAAUUCGUGCCCCCAACAUAUUUAUGAACUUGGUUUGCUGAGUAUAUAGCAUGGUUAUCGUAUCUUAAGGUUUUCGGCAUGUAGGUAAUCCUAUAAGUUGAGUGCCACAUGAAUUAUUGAUUCGUAGUGUAUGAUUGAUAGAGAAUUCUUUUGUUAUA